GAGUAUUAAUUGCACGAACAUUUCAAAUCAAACCUUUUGAUGUAGGGCAGGUGUGCUCAGAUUUGAUUUCUAUCCUUGGGAAUUACCUUCCUCCAGCUUGAAUCAACAUCAUUUAGCGUGUGUUAAGAAACAACUGAACGUGUUUGUUGGAGCUGACAUUUAUUAAGGUAUUGACAAAAUGAAUGUUGAAGGCCAUAUGAGACUAAAGAUGUCUGCAGCGGUGUUAUGUUUGUAUUUACUCAUCUCAAUUAUCUCUCUCCGAGAAGUAAGUGGACAAGAGGACACACGAGUGAUCAAAGGUCCUAGAGGAGAAAAUGGAGAACCUGGACUCAAGGGAGUCAGCGGAGAGGAUGGAAGACCUGGCGGACGAGGAAGUCGUGGAGGACAGGGAGAAUCAGGUUUAUCAGGCAAAAAUGGGAAAGCUGGAUUCUCAGGUUUACAGGGUGGUCAGGGGUGGCCUGGAAAAAUAAUUUUACGGUUUAGCAAUAUUGCUUCCAAAGGCCCCAGGACUGGAACACCGUCCGUUGUGAUUGGGGGUAACUACUUUGCCCCGCGUGGACCAAGGGGAGCGACUGGUGUGAGGGGUAAGCAUGGAUUGGUGGGAGAACCAGGUCCAAUCGGUAGCCCGGCACCGAUGGGACCACCUGGUCCGUCAGGCAGAGUUGGAUCACGGGGGUAUGGUGGUCUUAAGGGAAAACUAGGAAAUCGAGGACACAGAGGUCGCCCAGGAAGAUAUGGAAAAGCGGGACGUGAUGGAGACCAAGGAUCACAAGGCGCACCUGGUACACUCGGAAGAACAGGAUAUGAUGGUGAAAUUGGUAGGGAUGGUUUGAAAGGAACCCGGGGGGAACAGGGUACUAAAGGCCGCAGCGGAGGACCGGGACCCAAAGGAAGACCGGGUAAGAAUGGUGAAACAGGACAACCCGGAGGAUUAGGAACCAAAGGUGAUAAGGGUUUGAAGGGACGUCGAGGAUUUCCAGGAAGGUCUGGACAGGAGGGACAUCAAGGUGAUCCAGGGAUGCCAGGAGAUAUUGGCUCACCAGGGCUUGCCGGAUUUACAGGAUGGUGGGGAAAAAAGGGUGAAAAUGGUAGUGGAGGGAAAAAAGGAGAUAUGGGACCUCGGGGUAGAGAUGGAGACGGAGGGGUAAAUGGUAGACAAGGGGAACCUGGAAUGAUGGGACCUAAAGGAGAACAGGGUGAUUCGGGUGCUUCAGGUUUGGGUGCACCGUCUUCUGCGCCAGUUGGAGAACCGGGAACCACUGGAGCUCCUGGUAUUUCUGGAGCGUCUGGAGAGAAGGGAGAACAAGGUGCCCCAGGACCUCCUGGAAAAAAAGGCGAAAAAGGACCAAUGGGAGAUGCUGGAUCUCAAGGAGAAAAUGGACAAGCAGGCUCAGAUGGAAAAACUGGCACUGACGGUGAUCUAGGAAUUGCAGGAAAUGUUGGCGUUUUAGGAACGAAGGGUUUCAAAGGUGAUGCGGGUUUUCAAGGAAGAGCAGGAGAAGCUGGUUCUCAGGGCGGUGAUGGUGAUGAAGGUCUGCCCGGUGAUGACGGGGAAGAAGGUGAUGAGGGUGAUGAAGGACCUAGCGGAUUACCUGGGGCGAAUGGAUUAGACGGUGACAUUGGUGAACCCGGUGAAGUAGGUGAUAGGGGUUUGCGAGGGGCAAACGGAGGUGUUGGUGAUAGAGGAGACAGGGGAGUGACUGGUUUGGAGGGUGCCCUUGGACAGCCUGGACCUGGUGGCAUCUCUGGUGAAAAAGGUAAACAGGGUGGAAAUGGUGAACAAGGACAACAAGGUUCACCUGGAGAUCAAGGAGAUAAGGGAAAUAAUGGUCCGGAUGGUGAUGAUGGUACAGCUGGAAGAAAUGGAAUCAAAGGUGAUUCUGGUGAGAGAGGAGAAAAAGGCGACAUGGGAGAAUCAGGAUUACCGGGUGAAAAUGGUCAAAUUGGUGAUCCAGGGGUGACAGGGAAUGAUGGAGAAAAGGGUGGAAAUGGGGAUCCAGGCCAAUUAGGGGCAGGAGGAGAGAAAGGUCAAAAGGGAGAUGCCGGAACAGCUGGACUUUCAGGUGAUGAGGGUGAGCAUGGAUACAAGGGAAGGCAAGGAGUUGAAGGGAUGCCUGGUGUGAGGGGUCUUCCUGGCCAGGAGGGCUCACCUGGCAGUAAUGGAGAAAAUGGUCUUCAGGGUUCAGAUGGAUUAGAAGGCUUGCGAGGUCGCCCAGGAGAAAAAGGUGAAAAGGGUGAUCCUGGUAAAACAGGAGAAUCUGGUAAAAACGGAAAUCCUGGAUCAGCAGGCUUUCGUGGAACUGAAGGCAGCAUGGGAGAUAUGGGCUUCAGUGGUAUCAAGGGACCCAUGGGCGAGCGAGGCUCUUCGGGGAGAGCUGGCGUUGAUGGAUCAAAGGGCGCUCAAGGUGCAAGAGGAAGCGAAGGUACUAUUGGGAAAAGAGGUUUAAUGGGUUUACAAGGUGAUACUGGGGCCGUUGGUACGGCUGGUUUGAAAGGCCCAUCGGGACAACGUGGUGAUGAUGGUAAUCUUGGAAGCCAAGGAAAGCGUGGUAAAAAGGGUGAGCGAGGAAAGACAGGUGAAAAAGGUUCACGCGGUGAUACAGGGGAAGAGGGUAUUCAAGGCGAACAAGGAGCUAACGGUUUUCAAGGACCAUCUGGUACGCAGGGCGAGACAGGCUCUUCAGGGAAGCUAGGAGACGCUGGUGCCAGUGGUCAGAAGGGUGAUAAGGGUGAAGUGGGAUAUUCUGGGGAUGUCGGUCAAAAAGGACUUCAGGGUAAAACUGGUAAAACUGGGAAAAAAGGGAGUUUUGGUGAUGUCGGUUAUGCGGGUCCCCCAGGUCAAUUUGGUGAAACCGGAGAAACUGGCGUCGUUGGUGAUAAGGGUGUUCCAGGGUUACGGGGGGUUGUUGGUUCAUCUGGACCCCCAGGUGAGAAGGGUAAAAAAGGCGAUGAUGGAGACGAUGGCAAAAAGGGCGUCUCUGGAGAGAAGGGAGUGAGAGGCCCGUCUGGUGCGAGUGGAGAUAAAGGACAGCAGGGCUCAGAGGGUAGGAGGGGAUCAAAGGGAACUAAAGGUCGAAAUGGGGCACCUGGAGAACGGGGAAUGCAAGGCGAUGUCGGGUCAGUUGGUAAAAUCGGUUCAACAGGUUUAGCAGGACGACCUGGAGGACUUGGAAUUAAAGGAUUACGCGGAGAAUCUGGUGAAAAAGGACCUGAUGGACGGGAAGGACCUGAGGGACCUCAAGGAAGUAAGGGGAUUAAGGGAAAAAGCGGGUUGAUUGGUGAGCGUGGAAUACAAGGUGUUCCCGGUCAAAAGGGAAUUAAAGGUGAAAGAGGGGGACAGGGGCAUUCUGGGCAACCUGGGGAAUACGGAUAUACCGGUUCCAAAGGUAAACCAGGGCUGCCCGGGAUUCAAGGACCUUCGGGUGACACAGGGGACCUUGGAAGACCUGGCCCUCCAGGGUUGGCAGGAGGAAAGGGCGAAAUUGGUUCUAGUGGAUACGUCGGUAUAACUGGAAGCACGGGACCUAAGGGUCCACGUGGGUUACAGGGUCCACCUGGCCGUCCAGGUCUACCAGGACCUCCAGGGAGAGGGCGAGCUCGUGAAACCCGAUCACCUGAAUACUACCAAAGCAAAGUGUUAAGCAUGAUUGAUGAAAUAAAUACCAACAGUCUUUCUUACAAUACAGACGAAAGGAAUAUGGUAAAGGUACUACGUGGUAUAAGCAAUGUUAUAGAUGAUUUUCAGUUGUUGGCACAUGUCAAUGGAAGCAAACAGUUUCCCUCAAGAACUUGCAAGGAUUUAAAAAAUUCGCUGCCUUCGUUAAAAUCAGGGAAAUAUUGGAUUGAUCCAAAUGGUGGAGUACCAAAUGAUGCUGUUUUAGUCUUUUGUGAUUUUGAAAACCUGUCUACAUGUAUUUCACCAAAAAUAUCCGAGGUAGAAAAGAAAAAGUGGUACACAGGUAAUGAUCGUUACAUUUGGGUUGGAGAGGAACUCGGAAACUUUAAAAAGAUUGUUUAUGAACUUGAUGGCAAUCAAAUGAAAUUUUUGCAAAUCUUAUCAACUAAAGCAUCGCAGAGUAUUACUUAUCAUUGUCGCAACUCGUUUGCCUGGCGAAAUAAUGAAAAUAUUGAAAGAGAUUAUGUUAAGAUGCUUGGAGAUAAUGGUCUUGAAUAUCAUGCGCUACGUGCCCGAAAAUUUCGACCUGUAGCCUUCCAAGAUGAUUGUAAGGUGAAAGAUGGCAACUGGCAUAAAACCACAAUCGACGUUAAUACAGUCAAUACUGUUCGACUCCCUCUGCGUGAUAUUGCUGUUUAUGACGUUGGGGAUGAAAAUGAAGAAUUUGGAAUUGAUAUUGGAGCAGUUUGCUUUUCAUAAACAGGCAGCAGUCUUGUUUACAGAUAACAAUUUAUGUAAGUUAAUGAUUAAUUUCCUUCAUGGUGAUACCAAACUAUAAAACAGUACUGCUCUUUAUUGUUGGCAUUAAUUAGAGCAAAUGACUCCAUCUUUAUCCCAUCAUCAUAUAGACUGUCCCUUAUAGAGUAGUUAUAGUUUGGUGAAAUUUGUUAAUAAACGAACUAUUAUGCACGUAGAAUUCACUAUAGAUUAGAUAUCUAUAUUAGUUGUUUAAUAAUUGCAUGAUAUAACUGACAGUUAUUUUAUCAUUUUCACAAAAUAGUAAAUUUUUAACUAAUAUUAUUCCUCUUCAAAUGUGAUUUAACAAUUGCCUAAAAUAGACAAAAACACUUCUCGAUCAUUUUGAAAUUCAUGCUGUAGGGAGAUGCCUGCGAAUAAGGCUACUAAGGGCUUUCCUCUGGAG